AUGCCUAGGGUAAACAAACGCCCGUCACUUUCCACUUCCUAUCAACACCCUACCGUAUACAAGAUCAAUGAAGCAUACGGAAAUACCCCCAAAGAAAUCAAACUGAUCUUCUCACCGCAAUUUGAAAGCAUGUUUAGCAAGAUAUCACAUGUGGGUCGUGAGGCCGGGGUGAGCAGCAAAGUGGGGACAUAUCGUGAGAUUGUCCGUGGUGGAGCACAAAAACCUCAAAACACGACGAGAAUCAACCAAAAAACAUACAACACCAGGUAUUCGCUGGUCGUCACCGACCCAACUACUAAUCCGGCCCUCAUUGGCUUGUCUAUGGGAGAGCGGACGGGAUCCCGAAUUUUCCAAUGGGUAUGGUCGUAUGUGGUGGUUCGACGCGGCCAAGAUGAUCAUAUUGUGGUGGGAUGA